AUGGAUGGGGAAACGUGGGCAGACACAUCAACCGGAAAAAAGGAAAAUGAAAAGGAACAAGGAAACGACGACGGUGGCCACAACGACAACGGCAACGGUGGUUUCGAUGGCGGCCACAGCGAUAGCGACGAUGGCGGUUUCGAUGGCGACAACAGCGACAUCAUCAUAAUUGAGGGGGAUACAUGGGUAGACGCAUCAACCGGAAAAAAGGAAAAUAAAAAGGAACAAGGAAACAACGACGGCGACCACAAUGACAACGGCGACAAUGGUUUCGACGACGGCCACAUCGACAGCGACGAUGGUGGUUUCAACGGUGACAACAACAACAUCAUCAUAGGUUCGAAUCCUUAG